CCUCUUCACAGCAUAUCAGGACUUCGUUUCUGGAAGCUGCUUUAAAAGUGAAGGGGUUGGGUGGAAGUGGCAUAGCAAAGACUCUCUCUGUACAUGCUCAGGAGAAGCUUUUCCUUUGUUAGUGUUUUGCAUACACUAAAGGUGUUGGGCCCCUACGGGGCUGGGGCCUACACAUACUUGGGUGUUGCCUGUUCUUCACUCCCUAACUGAUUUUUGAAGCCCAGAGUGCCUUUGCUUCCCUCUCAACCCUUGUAUCUUUAGCAGGAUGAAUCGCCUGUGCCCGCAGCUGAUGCGCCACAUGGACCAGCUCUUGAGACUCAUAGAGUUCAACAGCAGCAUUGAACUAGACUGCCUCCAGAUUGCCAAAUGUCUCGAGGGGAUGCGCCAGCGAUGCUACCGCCUGAAUUGUGACUUGCAGGGAGCAAGGGAGAAGCUGCGCCAGUCGGAGUCCGAACGUUCAGUCCUGGAAGUGAAGUUGAAACACGCCCGCAACCAAGUGGAGGUGGAGAUGAAGAAAAGGCAUCGGGCAGAAGCUGAGCUGGAAAAGCAGGAGCGCAAACUGCAGCUUAUCUAUGACUACCUGAUGGCUGAUUCACAAAUCAGUCCUUUCAAUGAGGACCAGCACUCAGCCCUGGCAGCUUUAGACAGGCCGUGUUUCCGCCGCAGCACCCUGCUGCCUGGCAAACGGCCGUCUGCAGUGGAAGGACUUGGCACCUCAAUCAUCUCUGACAUCAGUUUUGAUCACUCGGAUGACGAAGUGGAUUUGGAAGUAAUAAAAUCCCUCAAAGGCAGAGACAAAGGGUGCUCCUCCCUCAUGCCCCUGAUUCAGCCAGUGUCAACAACCAAAUCUGCACGAAUAUCUGUGUCACCUCCGCCUCCUAGCGCCAAUGAGAUGUCUGUGGCGACUCUGAGAUCGGGAGCCACUGCCCACGUUUUGCCCCCUAUUGCUGUGGUGCCCCGUCGCCGAUCCCAGCAGAGCCGUUGCCUCUCCACACGCUCAGACAUCACUUCCGUCUGGGGCAGCAGUGAGGGGUCAGGCAGAAGUAAUAGCCAGGCUGAGAGUGACGCCAUUGGCACGAAGAUUAGGACUGAGUUGAGGGGUGUUCAGGACCCCUUUUCUCCUUCUUCCGCACAGGGAACACCACCCCUCCAAGAGCACCACUUUACUUCCAAGACGAUGAUCAGCCUGGAGUCGUGUGCGGUUUGCAAAUCCCGCCUGCGCUUUGGGAAGGUGGCCCUGAAAUGUCGGCCCUGCCAGCUUGUAGUGCAUCCUGAGUGCAAAGAACGCUGCCCGUCCGUGUGCAGGCUGACUGCCUCCCCCAGAGUGAGAGAGGGCAUUCUGGCAGAUUUUGCACCCUCCACGCCACCUCUGGUGCCCCCACUAGUCAUCCAGUGUGUGAAUCAAGUGGAAAGGCGUGGCCUGAAGGAGACCGGGCUAUACAGAGUGCCAGGUUCAGAGCACCUCGUUAGAGAAUGGAAGCGCAAGCUGCUUUGUGCCAGAGGAGCGCUUCCCUCACUGGACCAGGUGGCUGAUGUCAAUGUGAUCUGUGGGGUUCUCAAGGACUUUCUGAGGAGCCUGAAGGAACCUCUAGUGACCUUUGCCCUGCACCCUGCCUUCCUGCAUGCUUCAGAAAUCCCAGAUGAAGCUGCUCGCCAGACUGCACUCUGCCAUGUUGUGAUGAAGUUGCCUCUGGCCAAUAGGGACACUCUGGCUUUUCUGGUGCUGCAUCUCCAUAGGGUCAUGCAGAGCCCUGAGUGUCGAAUGGACCGGCACAACCUAGCACGUAUCUUUGGACCGACUCUAGUGGGGCACAGUAAUCCUAGCCCUUCCCCACGCAUCAUCAUGGAAGACACACCACGCCAAUGCCUGGUGGUUGCCCAUCUCUUAGCACUGCCUCUUUCGUUCUGGAGACAUUUUGUGGGAGAAGAGCAGGAAAACCUGGUGCCUUCAGUGCAAAAGCCCAGCAUCGUGAAUGAGCAAGCCACAGACCAGCUCUUCCUUCCUCUGACUCCCCCUGAAGUCAGCACCAUCCAGAUGAGCCCAGGAGGUGGCUGUCUCCCUAAUAAGCUACGGGACUGCAUUGGGACCACCUUCCCACCCUUGAAUGCCUCCCGCACCAAGAAGACGGGCAAAUUCUUCCCACUUCCAAUAUCAUGAAGCAACUCUGAUGCACCAGCAUUGCCUUGGCUUCCUCCCAGCAACCCUCUUCCUUGCCACCUCCAGAUUCCAGGCCUGUGUCCUCACAUUUCAUAGGGAGAUGCUCUGUGCCUUAUCUCUUAAUGGCGGCUGACAAUCCUUUCUCCCUCCCUUGGUCUUGUUUUGUGGACUUCUGAGUUGGCUGAAAAAUCCAGGCAUGUUCUUGGGCCAUCUGUUUCCUCUGUUAUGAUGGACCCUGGGGUGUGUGUGUGUGAAAACUGGAUUCAGCUUACCUUGCGUGCAUACCUUUUGUGCCUUUCCCCCCAUGUCCAUUACUGGUUAUACUUGAAUGGCUGAGUUGGUGUCAUGUGGUGGGUGGAGGAAAGUCAUUUACUGGAGCAGUUCAUUAAUGGUCUCAUUCUGAUCAGAGUCAGAUUCUCCAGUAGCCUCUUGCUCCCUUGUCCCUUCUGUUGGAUGCAGUAACCAAGAUAUGUGGGGUGGCUGUCUUCAAAAACCAAACAUGGCACAUUUGGAGGUUUCUCUAGCAAUGGAAUCCUCAUCACCUUAAUCACUGAUUUUUGCUCUUUAUUUACACUGUUACCAGUCCUUGUUAGAGCACUUACAUGUUUACAGAGGGCAGCUUCCUCAAGAACUGGAAUGGCUAAACAGGAAGUGGUGGUAUUUACUAGCACAUGAGGUUGGUGUUACUAUUUCCCCCCCUUAUUACAGUUUCUGUAACUCCUGUGCCUACUCCAUUUGGGGUUUGUGGGGGGGGGUGUCUGCUGUGCUGGCCCACCACCCAAUCAAUCUCUUCUGCCCAGAAUCAUCCUAGAAGUAGUACCUCUGACCAGCUUGGCCACAUGUCAGCCCUGAGUGAGGCUAUUUACUGUUAACGGGUGUGCCUGAAUCACUGAUGGAACUUAAUUGAUGCUGAACUUAAGGAAGUAGGACUUCUUAGCUCUAUACCCUGUAUCAAUCUGUUAUGAAAAUGCCAUAGAAGUCUCCUGGGGCUAAAAUGUUCACAUAUCCUUCUGAAGUAAACAGUAUCAAAGAAGGAUGAAAGACUGUCCAGAGCAAUGACUUGGUUUUGUUUCAGUUUUGUCUCUCACACAGUUUAUCACUUUCCUUCUCUCUCUUGAGACUCACUCCUGCCCUAUCCCUUCUCUUUCUCUGCUCAUUUCAGCAGUGCUCUAAACUUAUGUACCGAUACUUUGCUGAGGGAAUUUUGGGUUCUUGCCACCUGAAAGAUUCCAUGGAACUUAGCAAAUCAUUCCCCUUUGUGACCUCCCAACUGAAUCCCAGUAUGCUGAGUGGAAGGAGCUGUAGCGUGAACUUCUUUUCCAAUGCGUGAGUCAACCUUACUCCAGUGGCUGGGAACUGUGCUUCUAAAUGCUCAGUGAAAUCCCUCUAAUCGGUGCUGAGUGCCUUAAAGGCAUGGUCAACAGCAGGGAAUUGGGUGUGGAUGAGGAUGCUUUCAAAGGGUGUUUUGAAUUUUCGGAUCCCCAUUAAAAUUCCAUUGUGGGUUUUUCUUUCAUAAAUAUAUUUGAAAAGACUUGAACAAGAAGAUCCUAAUAGCCUAAUAAUAAAGACACUCUAUUAUCAAUCUAUCAUAAUAAAAACUAUAACAUCAGUAUGUGACAGUCUUGCUAUUUAUCAUUCAAAUAAGUCCAUCCUCUCCCCUUCCCCUACCUUUAAAUGUGCCCUUGCUAGUUGCUUUUUUUCUUCCUGGAGCAGCGAGCAGCCAAUCUGGUGCCCUCCAGAUGUUUUGGACCACAAUUACAAUCACCGGCCAUGCUGGGUGGAGCUGAUGACAGUUUUAAUCCAAAACAUCUGCAGAGCCCCCUAUUGGCUGCCCCCUGUCCUGGAGUUGCAUUGCUCCUUCUGUGAAACGUAAUAGCAUCACCAACUGGCCACUGAACAUGUGGCCUCCAGUGGGUAAAAUAGCUCUACCUGUC